AGGUCGGUCUCAGAGGUCCCACCGCUUGCUGUCCCCUAGGGCCCACCCUCCAGGGAUGGGCUACUUCCCUUCCUGUGAGGCCACUGAUGAGGAACCAGUGACAUGUCACAUGAAGCCUGGACCCUGUCACACCCCAUUCACCCAUCCUGGGUGGCUCUGCGGAGUUUACACAUGAUCUGCACACUGAGGACCAUGAGAGGACGAUCCAUGACUUCCACCCUCACUGCCCUUCUCUGCCUCAGGCUGUGUCAGGGCCCGUGGGACCAGGUACAGGCAGGAGACGUCCCCAAACCCUCCAUCGGCGCUGACCCAGGCCCCAUCGUCACCAAUGGGAGCUCUGUGACCAUCUGGUGUCAGGCGCCUCUGCAGGCUAGUGCCUACCUUCUAUAUAAAGAGAGGGGCUCUGAGCCCUGGGAUACCAGGACCCCACAGGGCUCCAGCAACAAGGCUGGUUUCCUCAUUGGAACCACGACCCCAUCCCUCGCAGGGCUGUACCAGUGUGCAUAUUACACCACUGGGGACAUACUGUCUCAGAGGAGUGACCCCCUGCUCCUGGUGGUGACAGGAGUGGGUGGUGCACCCUCCCUCGCAGCCCAGCCCAGCCCUGUGGUGGCCUCAGGAGAGAACGUGUCCCUCUUGUGUAGCUCUAACCUCACAUCGGGCACUUUCCAUCUGCUGAAGGAGGGAGGGGCUGACCCACCCCGACACAUGGAAGCAGAACCCAGGAUCCAUGCUUGGAGGCGGCAGGCCAUCUUCCCUCUGGGCCCCAUGAGCACCUCCCAUGGGGGGACCUACAGAUGCUAUUAUUCUUCCAGCUCCUACCCCAAUGUGUGGUCACAGCCCAGCGAUCCCCUGGAGCUGGUGGUCUCAGGUCUCAAAUGGUACCUGAUUGUCCUGAUCGGGGUCUCGGUGGCCCUGGUCCUGCUGCUCUCGCUCUUCCUCUUCCUCCUCCGACACCAGUGGCAUCAGAGCAAAGGCAGGACGUCAGAUGCUGUCGCGAAAGACACACAGCCUGAGCGGGACAGACAGCUGGACAGUCAGGCUAAAGACCCACGGGCUGCACCUGAAGACUCCCAGGAUGUGACCUACGCCCAGCUCAAGCCCUUGACCCUCAGCCAGGAGUCAAGUGCACCCCCUUGCUUCCCAUCAGAGGAGCGCCCAGAAGAGCCCAGCCUGUAUGCUGCUCUGGCCAUGCACUAGCCCAGCAAAGACCCAGACCCCACACUCCAGGGAGGUCCCUGCAGGGACCCUAAAAGACGUGAAAGCUGCUGCCAUGGACACUCAGGUAGUGACCCCUGCCAGCCUGGAGACCUGACGUGCCCCCAGCAGCUCCUGGGACCUUUUGGAAGUUAACUGCUUCCAGGAACCGCACCGUUACUCAGCUGACCUACAGACCCCGCCACCAGGACCCCGCUGACUGCAAGGAUCCCAGGGAACUGCCAUGGAGGCAGUAAGUAUGCAAGUGGCAACUUCGGGCUGAGGGAGGGCCUACUGCCCGGCCACUGUCACUGACUGAGCCCAAAAGUUCCCAGACGGGGACCAACCACAGGACGCAAGGUGGCUGCACCACUGAGGGGUUGCUCAACCUCCUGUUCCUCAUUUCCCAAGACUCAGCCACUUCCUCCCCUGCCUGAGAAAGCGUCUCAGCCAGGAAAAGGGAAGCCUGCUCCCUCCUGACCACUUCUUCCUAUACCAGACAAGGUGGGGGGGUGGGGGGGGAGGGGCGCUUCUCCAUAGGCCACUAACCCAUUCCCCACUUCACUUAAAUCUCAAGACAGAACUGGGAAUCCACCCACCAACCAUCCUGUAACCAGCUGUGAAAUGAGCCUAUAGGUCUUGUCAAUUAAAACUCAACAGCAAACCAAGGUGGAUGGAUCCGGAUCAGCUCUCAGCUCUCAUCUCCUCCUCACCCAGACUCCUUGCCAGGGACCAGGGUCAAAAGCUGUAAGUGGGAGCUGACCCCUGACCUCCACUUGCUACUUCCUCUACAUGCAAAUGACUCCAGCUUUCAGAACUUCCUGGUUUUUAUUGAGAAUGCUCAUCUUUAAACUUAAAAUGAUUUCCACCCUAGGUAAUUUGGCUGUGGCUAGAACGUCAGCCUACAGCAGUGAUGGUAAACCUUGACACGCCUGUCAGAGGUGACACACAAACUCAUUUGGUUGAUUUUUGUUAAAUGGCAUUUAAAAAUCUAUAUAUAUAAAAGACUAAUAUGCUAAGUGUCCCUCCCACUGUCUGACUAGUUGCUAUGAUACACACUGACCACCAGGGGGCACUCACUGCAGGAGUUGCUGAGCUGCAGUGACUUGGCAGCUGAAGUUCUUGGGUGACGCACCCCAAAACCAGAGGAGGGGGCCUUGCGAUUCCACCUUUGGCAGUGGGUUAUGUUGUUGCUGGGGCACUAAGCCCAGAAUCUGGUUCACUGCACACUUGUCUGUGUUCCACACCCUGGAGGAAAGCAACUUUGCAGAGUGCCCUCUCUUAACCUGGGACCCCUCGGGGAUGUCGGAGAGCUGGUUUUGGCCUGAUCUCCACAGGCCAGCCUGAGGGACCCCACCUGCCUAGGGGACCCGGCUCACUCCACAGAUGCCCGGGAGAGAACUUGGGAGGUUGGUUUCUGGGCACGUCCCACCUGUCUCACCCAGUCCCACCCCA